GUCACAUGAAACUCAAAAACAUAACAAAAAUAUCAACAAAAAAUGAUGUAUACUUUCUUUAACAUCCAUUAUUUCCCUUUCCUAAAUUUCAUCACUAUCUUCUUAGCUAUUAUUCCCUUGUCAUCAAAUGGUGAAGAUCCAAAUUAUGCAGCAUGCUCUACUCUAUAUUCAUGCGGGGAUAUCUCAAAUGUUGGGUACCCAUUUUGGGGAGACAACCGUCCCAACUUUUGUGGGAUCCCAGACUUUCAUCUCACAUUCUCACUUGUGAUCACACUCAAAAUCGUACAACUAUGGUUCCAUUUAAAAAUGCAAUCAUUCCAUUAAAUGUUAUUGGUAUCAAUACAUCUUCCCACAUCAUGAGAAUUUCGCAGGAUAUCCUGUUCAAACGUUGCUUUCUACAUGAUGUGGGUGCUGUAAACUUGCUUUCUAAUUUAAAACCAGACAUGAUCAAGAAUAUAAUAAAGUUAUACUAUGGUUGUGUUAAUUGCAACUCCAUAUAUUACCACUCGAAUUCUUUUAAGUGCUCUUACUAUGCUGGUACUAGUACUGCUUAUUACUUCGAUAAACCAUCUGAUAUGAGCAGGAUAAACGAGUCGUGUUCGUGUAAGAACAAUGUUACUUUUCCGGUGGAUAAAAGAGUGGUAGAUGAGCUCAAGAGAACAAAUCAUAGUGCCUCAAUAUGGAGUCUCUUAAGGAAAUGGCCGGCUAAUGAAGUGGUGUAUUUAGCGAACUUUACAGCCUGUUCUAAGUGUGAGAAAUCUGGCGGUAGAUGCGGAUCAUCGGUGGAUCCACCUUCAGAUCAGUUCGUUUGUUAUUGUUUAGAAAACAAUGGAGCUCAUAGAGCUCAACCGUUAGUGUGUCAUCGUAAAUCAGGUGGAGGAAUGAAAUUACUCCUUGUAUCAGGUGCAACUAUUGUUGUAAUAGGAACAUUGAUAUUGGUUCUUUUGAUUAUUUGUGCAAAGAAAAGGCAGACUACCAAUAAGUUUUCAAAUUUAUUGAAUAUGAGAACAAUGAGGGAUCAAGAAGAUGUAGCAACCUUUUUGAAAAGUUAUGGAUCUCUUGCCCCAAAAAGAUACACAUACGCAAAUAUUAAGAAAAUGACUAAUUUCUUCAAAGACAAACUUGGUGAAGGUGGUUAUGGUACUGUUUACAAAGGCAAAUUACAUGAUGGUCGUUUUGUGGCUGUGAAAAAAUUGAAGAUUUUAGAGGGUGAUGGAAAAGAUUUUAUCAACGAGGUAUUAAGCAUUAGUAUGAGGACUAACCAUGUCAAUGUCGUCACUCUUUUAGGUUUUUGUUUUGAAGGAAACAAAAGAGCUCUUAUCUUCGAGUUCUUGCCUAAUGGAUCUCUUGAAAAGUUUAUAUGUGGUAGGCAAAUUGGCCCUUCAUUGCAAUGGGAAAUCGUGUUCGACAUUGCCAUUGGAAUCGCUAAAGGACUAGAUUAUCUACAUAGAGGUUGUAACACACGUAUAUUGCACUUUGAUAUUAAGCCUCAUAACAUUCUUCUUGAUGAAGAAUUUCGCCCAAAGAUUUCCGACUUUGGGCUAGCCAAGUUAUGUCUACCAAAAAAAAGUAUGAUCUCAAUGUCGGAAGCAAGAGGAACAAUUGGAUAUAUUGCUCCGGAAGUUUUUUGUCGAAAUUUUGGUGGCGUUUCUCAUAAAUCUGAUGUUUAUAGCUACGGAAUGAUGCUCAUAGAUCUUGUAUGUGGUAGAAAAAAUAUAGCAAAUGAUGAUGAGCAUAGCUGCGAAAUGUACUUUCCUGAAUGGAUAUAUAAUCGACUUGAGAACUUGGAGGAAGAUGUAGUCCAUGAGAUCAUGACUAAUGAGAACAAAGAGUUAGAGAGAAAGAUGAUCUUGGUGAGCUUAUGGUGCAUACAGACAUAUCCAUCAAAUAGGCCGCCUAUGAACAAAGUUGUAGAAAUGUUAGAAGGGUCAGUUGAGUCGUUACAAAUGCCCCCCAAACCAAAUUUAUCUUCCCCUGCAAGAUCAUUUGUAUGUGAUUCUUCCCUUUAAUCACUACAUGAGAUCAAGUGUCUUUGUUAUAUGUUAUAAUCUUAAGGUCGUGUAUGUCUAUCUAUUGAAAAAUAUAUACAUAUAUAUAUAUAUGUAACUAUUGUAAUAAACUAGCUUAGCUUAUUGUA